AUGGCCGUCACCGCCCACGCCACCGACCUGCCCGUCCAGCAGCCUCUCACCCAGCACCCGGUCGUCUCGGAACCGCCCCUCGAGGUCGCCCUCCUCCUCGCGCAAGCCGUCGCCCAACUCGGCACCGACAGCUGGGACGCCGUCACCGACCUGCUCGAGCACAGCAAAGAGUGGCCAGAGUCGGCCGGCAAGAUGACGAGCCAGGGCUACGCGACGACCUUCGAGACGAUGAUGCGGCAACGAGGCCUCGACGCGUCCACGUGCUCUCGACCUCUCGCACGACCUGCCCGCAAGCUCGUCCACGCGCUGUACGCGUCCCUCCUCAACAACCUGCGCUCGUCCAUCCUCAAAACGUUCGACGAGGAGGCCGAGAACAAGCAGCAGAUCGCGGCCCUGUGCGCCGCGCACCUUUCCCCGUCCCCGCCGCCGUCCCUCGCGCCCAAGGACGACAAGCGCCCGCAGACGCCCUCGACGCGCAAGAGCGCGCGCAAGACGGCCCUGCCGGACGUCGAGGAGGACGCCGACGCCGAGCAGCAAACCGCCGUACAAGCCGGCUCGGCCGGCCCUGACGUCGACAUGGCCGUCGCGGCGCCGCUCGACGACGGGCCCGCCGACCCGACCGCCGAGUCGUCGGGCACCGCCGUCGGGGCCGACGAGGCGAACGAGCCGGACGAGGACGGCCAGUCGUCAACGCCGUCGCGGCGCGGCGGCGGGCGGCGCAAGGCGGGCGGGCGCGGGACCGGGCGGCGCAAAGGGCGUGGCGGGCGCGCCGCGACGGUCGAGGGGACCGAGACGCCGGCGUCGGAGCAGGACGGCGGGGAGGACACGGACGCUGGGGCGGUCAAGGAGGAGGAGGACGAGGACGAGGCGGCGCCGGGUGCUACCGACGAGGGCGAGGAGGGUGCGGCGGGUGAGGCGGGAGACGGCGAUGAGGAGGAGGCAGAAGACGCGUCGAGGCCGAGGCGCGGGGGCAGAAAGGCGAGGGCGCCGGCACCGGCCGCGAAGAAGGGUGGACGCAAGCGCAAGCCGAGCGAGGCGCCUGGCACGUCGCCUGCGCCGAGCGAGACGGCCGAGGGCGGGCGCAAGCGCAAGCGGGUCAAAACGACCGAGGAGCCGUUCGAAGAGAGCGAGAAGGACUCGAAGCUCGCGAUCCAGCGCCGCAAGGCCGGCUUCAACCGCAUCAUCGAGCAGCUCCAGGCCGAAAAGUACUCGCACUACUUCGAGUCGCGCGUCACGCGGUCGAUCGCGCCGCUGUACAACGUGGCCGUGCGCCGCCCGACGUGCCUGCGCGAUGUGACCAAGGCCAUCAAGAGCGGCGCCAUCAGCACGAGCACCGAGCUCAUGCGCGACGUGGCCCUCUUGUGCGCCAACGCGACCCAGUUCAACGGCGACGAGGGCGAGGACAGCGUCGGGCACUGCGCAAAGCUCAUGUGGGACCGCUUCGAGCGGCUCAUGGACGAAUCGCUGAGCGCCGAGAUGUCGAUGGAGUAGAGGAUCUUGCAACGUCGGUCACACUCUUGCG